AUGGCGUCGACGUGGAUUAUUCGGCUCGUCCAAGACAAAACCAACAGCCCCAUAUUGAUUAAAGUGGCACACAAGGAAGGCGGUCAUGAUCUCGACCUCGAUCUUCUCGCGACUGACGGCGAAGUGGCCUAUACGGGUAAAGUCAGACAACGCAGCCUCAAGAAAUUGCGGGCGAAGAAUUAUGACGGAAAUGACGAGGACUGGACCACCAUUAUCUCUUCAAUUCUCGGCACGAAAACGGACACCUCGAUUAGCAUUCAGCGGAAGGACCAGCUCGAGGUGACGUGCUCAGUAUCGGGCAAGGAUCCUAAAACCAUUUUGUCCAUCGCCAUCAACAAUAGAGUCGAAGACAUCACACAGCGCCUUGGGACCAUCGAAUUGCCUCAAACGGAAGACACCGACGAUGUAGACCUCUUUGGCUGGGCGUCGCAGGCUGUCGAGAAGCGGGAUGAGUUACAAGAAGAUGCCACAAGUCUGAAAGAACAGAUCAAGACAAAGGAUGAGGUGAUGGCAAGCCUACAGAGACAAAUUGACGAGCUGGUCGAAGCAAAAGCGGAGCAUGAAAAGCAGAUGCUAUCUAAGUUUGCUCUGCUACUCAAUGAAAAGAAGCUCAAAAUCAGGAACAUGCAACGGAUCUUGUCCACUGCCAAGACAGACCAGAAAAAGUUAAAGGAGCUGCAAGCUGUUAUUGGGAAUGAGGCAGCCGGCGUACCACGAAGGAACAAGAGACCAGCUGAUGAUACCGCGGAGGACGAAGAUGAUGAGAGCGAUAGCUUCGAAACCACAGCCGCAGCUCCCAUCAUCGAUCCCGAGAGAGAGCCUAGCUCUCCGCCUUCUGGUAACUCGACCCCAACACCAUCAGAGCGUGACGAGGACACAGAUGAGGACAACUUGGACGCUCCGGCAACAUAUUCGAAUCGGCCAAGAACGCGAGCAAUGGAUCCAGAACAGGGUCAAGGACUAAACAAGACGCAAGAUAACGAAAACACCACGGGAGAGGCUCAGGGUACCACGACAGUAGAAGAUGACGACAACGAUGAGACGGCAAGCGAGGCUGACGAGCUAUGA